AUGGUCUCACCCAAAGCUUGGGAAGAGGCUACCGAUCUGUGUCCAAAGCAACGAAUCCGACAAGCCGAGGAUCUGACUCUGAACAUUGGGAUGUUACAUUCUGGAGCCAACGUUGCUUUUGAUCGUGGUGCCCCUUUCUUUCUCGUAGCCAGGCCAGUAACACUCAGCCUUCUGGAGCGCAUUGAGCUCAGAGACAGGGGCAAUGCCAGCCCCCUGAUCAUGUUCCGGAUUUCUGAAUUCCAAGAUGAGACUUUCCCCGCCGAUGAGAAGGACCCGACUGAUCUCAGGCUGAGCGCCGGAGGGGCCAAAGAUCUCAACAGUCCGUCUCAUGAGAAUCCAGAACUGAGACGCCGUAUUGGGUCAGACCCUCCUUUGCUAGAUUCAGAGACCUCAGAUGAGGUGGGGGCGUUCCGGGCACGUUCACGUUCUGCCCCUCCAAUCUUAUGGGCUGCUCAGCGAUACGGGCGGGAGCUACGCAGGAUGAGCGAUGAGUUCCAUGGUGCACUCCAGAAGCUGCCGCGCCCGAAAAGUGCGGGGACCUGCUCCCACAUGGAUCGCACACCCAGUUGGAAGGACACUCUGCGUUCCUGGUGGCGCCGCAGCUGCCCUGACAACGGCCCGUCCGGAUGUUAACCGGGUUUGGCUGCUAUCUGUUACAGGGGGGAAGAGGGGAGGGGGCAAUCAAUGUGGCGGGGUUGCGACAGCACAGUCUUUCCUCUGGGGCACCUCAAAAUUACCCAGGGUGCCCAGCUCUUUCCGUAGCACUUCCAUUCCUUAUCCCCCUACAAGAAGUUUACUCAAGACCUCACACUAUGGCACGUGCCAGAUUUUUACCUCCCACCCUGGAUCAAAUUCUUCCCCACCCCCCAAUAUCCAACACCCUUAAUUUUCCAGGAAC